AUGGCUUUUCCCCCCUCGCAGAAGCCGAUCCUGCUGCAGGGCCAUGAGCGCUCCAUCACGCAGAUCAAGUACAACCGGGAGGGAGACCUGCUCUUCACCGUGGCCAAGGAUCCCAUUGUCAACGUUUGGUAUUCGGUGAACGGGGAGAGGCUCGGCACCUACAAUGGCCACACCGGAGCCGUCUGGUGCGUGGAUGCCGACUGGGACACGCGACACGUGCUCACCGGCUCUGCAGAUAACAGCUGUCGGCUCUGGGACUGCGAAACGGGAAAGCAGCUCGCUCUGGUGAAGACGAGCUCAGCGGUGAGGACGUGUGGCUUCGACUUUGGAGGAAACAUCAUCAUGUUUUCCACGGACAAGCAGAUGGGAUAUCAGUGUUUCGUGAGCUUCUUUGACCUCCGGGAUCCCAGCCAGAUCGAGAACAACGAGCCUUACAUGAAAAUCCCCUGCAGUGACUCUAAAAUCACUAGUGCUGUGUGGGGCCCUCUGGGAGAGUUCAUCAUCGCAGGACACGAGAGCGGCGAGCUGAACCAGUUCAGUGCCAAGUCAGGGGAGCAGCUGUCGAACAUCAAGGAGCACACCAAGCAAAUCAACGAUAUUCAGACCUCCAGGGACAUGACCAUGUUCAUCACUGCCUCCAAGGACAACACAGCCAAGCUAUUCGAUUGCACGACACUGGAGCAUUUGAAGACGUUCCGGACGGAGCGACCAGUGAACUCUGCCGCACUCUCCCCCAUUUUUGAUCAUGUAAGAAUGAGCUCGCUCCCGACUUCUUGUGAUGCUUUAAAUCUUCUUUCUUCUCCCAGGUUCUUCCACUUGGCUUUCGAAGAAGAGUUUGGCAGAGUGAAGGGUCACUUUGGUCCGAUAAAUAGCGUUGCUUUUCACCCUGACGGGAAGAGUUACAGCAGCGGCGGUGAGGAUGGCUACGUUCGCAUCCAUUACUUCGAUCCCCAGUACUUCGAGUUUGAAUUUGAAGCUUAAAGAAGGAUUUCCUCUCCUCUUCCC